AGCACGCAGGAGGAAGGCGCGGCAGAUGGGGCGAGGAGCUGGCGAGGUGCAGGACGACGCGUGGUGGCAGCGAUCCGUGAGCUGUUGCGGGUCCAGGGUGCGGAAAUCAGGUCGGGAAGAGCAGGAGUUGUGAAUGGGGUGGUGCAGCGGGAGCCAGCUGGAGCCUGCGAGUCGCUGUGACGUCGUCCUGCUAUCGAGGGGCUGUGAGAGCCCGCAGCUCCCCUGGGAGGAUGGACACCCUGAAGAACCGGAGCGUGGAGGAGCUCCGGGAGCUGCAGGAAAAUGCCGAGGAGAUCGAGCGCCUGGCCCUGGAGUCGAGGGAGGUCCAGGAGCUGCAGCUGGAGAGGGAGAUGGCGCUCGCCGCUAACCGCAGCUUGGCCGAGCAGAACCUGAAGUUCCAGGAGCCCCUGGAGACGGGGCGCUCCCACCUCUCCCGCAAGUACGAAGAGCUGCAGAAGCUCGCCGAGCGCUGUAAGGAGCAGAAGGCGAAACUGGAGAAAUUUUCAGCAGCAAUGCAUCCCCAGAUGUUGCUGGAUCUCCUGCAGGUGGAAAGCCAAAAAAUCGAGGAGGAGUCUGAGAAAAUGGCUGAGAAGUUCCUGGAGGGCGAGGUGGCCCUGGAGACCUUUCUCGAGCAGUUUUCCGUGAUGAGGAAGCUGUCCCACUUGCGCCGGGUCAGGGUGGAGAAGCUGCAAGAGAUCCUGCGGAAGUCGGCAGCGCCGCCGGAGCCUGGCAGGGACUCGAAGCAGCAGCAGCUGCCUCCUCACGCCCCUGCAGACACACCGAAGCCGCAGCCUGUCCCCUCGGGGGCACCUUCCUUCCCUCUGCCCUACAGCCCGGCCCCAGGCAUGCCGGUCGGCCCCACAGCCCACGGAGCUCUCCCGCCCGCUCCUUUCGCUGGCGCCCCGGUCACCGUGGGACACGUUGCUGCCUCGCAGCCCGGCACCCAGCCCGCGUUUCCCUGCCAGCCUCCGGAUGCCGGCUACCCACCCGCGCAGGCCGCCAGCUCCGUGCCGGGCUACCCCAGGCCUCCCUCGGGAGCCCCGUCCUCUGUGCCAGCCUACUCCUGGUCUCCGUCCAGGGGCCCGCCACACGCCCCCUCCUUUCCGGGCCCUCUGCCCUCCACUCCGCCGCCCAGACCCGGCUACCCUCCCUACGCACCCCCCGGGGCAGGGAGGCCGCAGUGCCCCUACCCGACCCAGCCUCCCCUUCCCAGUUUCCCAAUCCCCCCGCAGCCUCCCUACCCCCCGAGGCCUCCCUUUGGGUACCCCCCGCCACCAAACCCUCAGCACCCCGCUUGGCCUGGCUACUGAACGGGGACUCGGGCAGCGUGCUCCGCUGCUCCCUGGGCUCUGCUGCUCCCUCAUCAUGGGCUGAGGAAGAGGAAGGAGCGAGCCGAGAGCAUGGUGUAGGAUGAGAGACGUGGCAGGGGGUCGCAGCUGCACCUCUGGGUUCGGUUUGGGACGAUUGCUGGUGGGCUGGAGUGGCCGCCCUGCCCAGUCCAUCUGUCCAGGCUCCGUUUGAAAAUCCAGGCAGUCAUCGAGGUACUGGUGUGGGGCACGUGGGAGCGAUGUGCACUGACAGCACCCGCUGGGAGCCUGACGGUGGGAAUCACUGACAGUAUUUCUGACACAAAAUACUCACGGCCCUCCUGGAACUGAGAGGCAGAGCCAGCCCGGCCUGCACUCGUAAUGCGUCGUAGCAGGGAGAAGCAGCGAGCCAGCCCCCUGGGGCCAGGCCUCGAGGUGUGUCUGUGUGGGGUGACUUCAGAACCAGCUCUGCCUGAGGUGUUCCCACGGGCUGUGAGGUCAGGUUUCCCUCGGCCCAAUCCAGGUGCUCACGGCUCACUGGGGAGCAAAAACUGGGGCGGUUUUCUGGGGUGCUGCCGGCUCCAGCCAUCCUUGUGUUCCCCUCUCUCCUCAGGAAACACUAGGUAACGGGGUGCCCCCAGCUCCUAAUGGAAAUGGGAUCUGCUUUGCUCAGCACUUUAUCCUACGAAUCCUGCUUGUAUCCAUGUAAGUUAUUUAUAAGGAACAGUUACUAAUGGACUAGAAAAAGGAAUGCUUUGGGGGUCUGGUGGACGUAGUUCCGUAUCGUGGUUAAUUACAGUAAUAAAACUCAAUGGAUUGCACGUGAGGUCACAGCAGUGGUUGCUUUCGGAAAUGGCAGGGCAUCCAGUGGUACUUUCUAUCGAUCUUUUAGUGCCGUCCUGGCCUCCUUACACCAGCUUCCUCUUGAUUUUGUCAAUAAAAGCUUUCACCCUCUUGCAGGA